GCCUUUCCAGCGCACGGUGACCCUGCACAAGGACAGCUCCGGAUAUGUGGGCUUCGUCAUCAAGAAGGGGCAGGUCGCCUCCAUCGCCAGGGGGACCUCUGCGGCUCGGAACGGGCUCCUCACCAACCACUACAUCUGCGAGGUCAACGGACAGAACGUCAUCGGGCUCAGGGACAGGGACGUCACGGACAUCCUGGCCAAUGCUGGUGACGUCGUCACCCUCACCAUCACCCCUGCGGUGAUCUACGAGCACAUGGUCAAAAAGCUUUCUCCAGGGCUCGUGAAAGCAUCUAUGGAUCACUCCGUCCCUGAUGUUUAAAACUGGCAAAGAUUUUCAUACACGCCUCCUCUCUCUUCUGACAUGGAACACCAGAGACAACAACCCGAAUAACUUGAAGAACCGGUGCUUCUCCUCAGAGAAUAUUUCGUGGCGGAGAGAGACCCAACCAAUUCCUUAAGGCUUUCUGUUAUGUAUGUGGACCACCACCAGGGGUCCACGGCUAGAGUCGGAGCUUAGG